AUGCCAAGGCCAGCUUGGCAACCGUGGGGUUUGGAACAAGACAUGGAGUGGUGGAAUUUUGAUGUCUUCAUCCGAAAUGGAUUGAAGAUGGGAGGGGAUGAUGGGUUGGUGAGGUCAUUGAGGGAGGGGGAAGAUGUGUGUUAUCGGACCAUGUUGUCUUCACACCUCAUUUUCUGGCUCUCAACUCAUUCUGGGAUGGUUGUGAGGUUGGACUUUUGGGUUUUGGUGAGUUAG